ACAAAGCUGUAUAUGCAUGUACGAUCAUCCUUUGUAUAACCGCUUACAUUAGCUCAUAUUUUCAUUCAAAUCAAAUAUAUAAACACAAAUAACACAUGAGCCCUAUAUUUUACUUCCUUCUUGCCUUAACCGCUGUUUUAGCCGCGAGGGCUAACGCCGGGGGAGCAGUUCGCGACAGUGAUGGUGAUAUCAUAUCCCGUGGCAGUUACUACGUUAAACCCGCCUUCCUUAGUGAAGGUGGAGGCGGCCUGAGCCUCACCCACAGUGGUGACAGCCCAUGUCCCCUCUAUAUCGGGCAGGAAUGGUCAAGGCUCGACUGGGGCAUUCCCGUAAAAUUCUCAAACUGGAAAUCUAGAGUUGGGUUCGUUCCCGAAUCAGAGAACCUCAACAUUGAGAUGGACGUCAAAGCUACGGUCUGCGUCAAGUCAACCUACUGGUGGCUCUCGGCGGACAAGGGCAGUAAGACGUGGCUGGAGGCUGGUCCGAAGCCAGAUGAUCAGCCUGGACAAGAUUCGUGGAGGAGUUUCUUCCAGAUCAAGAAAGCCGAUGGAGGAAUACUUAGGGGUUACAAUAUUGCGUUUUGUCCUAACGAUAGCGAUUGCAUCGAUGUCAGUGUAUAUUUGGAAAGAACUACCGGUUGGCGUUUGGGUUUAGGACCUAUACCAAUCGAGGUUGAGUUCGUAAAAAGCUACUAGGACAGAGACUUUGUCCAAGACUAUGUCUAUUAUCUGAGAGAUAAGUGUUAUAACUCAAGACUAAUAAUAAAAACUCUUAUCUUGUGUUUCUCUGUUUGCUUUGUUCAUCGUACCUGGAUUUAGUAACAUUUUGUGGUGAACGACACUUAGCUCUGAUCAACGAUGAGGCUUUGCUUGUUAAGUUCCAGAAGGCUCAUGAUGAACCAGCGAAAACUAAGAAACUGGCCUCUUGAAUAAUGGUUGGAAUAAUACCAACAACCUGCAUUCAUUUUGAUUUUUUUCUUUGUGUUUGAUCAGUUUGUCAUGUGCGUUUGAUUUGUUUAAGGAUCCUGCUUGUUUUCAAAUCAACUACAUAGUUUAUAAUCAAGUGGAAGUACUUGCAAAACCAUAUGGUUACAAAUUUGAUUCAAAUGGGUGCGAUAGACAAAAUAAGUUAAAAUUAAUGGAAGCAGACUUUUAUUACUAAUCAAUUUGUACUCGCAAAAGCACGACGUCAAUUAAUAAAGAGAACUCGCAAAACACAGUGCCAGUUUAUUACGAGUAAAUAUGGGGAAAUUGCCAAACAUACCAUUUUUCAUCUUUGCAUUAAAAUUUUUUUAAUGAAAUAUCAUGAUAAGAUUCCAAUAAAUUCUUUUUGAAUUUGUUCGAAGAG